CGUUAUCAUGGCUGCCUCGUCUUAUCAGCAAAGCUCAGUUACAGUGCAACUGGAAGGUGGUAAAACGUUCAUCUGUAAGGACGUACUUCCACAACCCGGAGGUGUCGUCUUGGAUCUGGGCUGUGGUACUGGUGAGCUGUCUGCGUUCCUUGCUGAGCUUGUGGAGCCACAUGGACAUGUUAUUGCUGUUGAUCCUGACACCAAUCGACUGAAUUUGGCCAAGGAAACUCAUCGUCAUGUAAAGAACCUCUUCUUUGUGGAAGGGAACUCUAAUGAGUUUCAAGGCAUGGGAUCUAAAAAGUAUGACCUGAUUUUCUCCAACUUUGUGUUUCAUUGGAUACCGGACAAGGACAAGGCGUUCAGGAAUAUGUUUGACAGUUUGAAAGCCGGCGGGAAAAUUGCCAUACAUUACAUAGACGCCUUACUCCCCUUUAUAACUACCUCAUUUGAAGUGCUGAACCCGGAGACAGCGGAAAAAUUCAACAAAAUGUUUUGCUUCGAUACCAGAGAUAAUAUAGAUUGCAUGUGCCGCGCAGCAGGAUUUGAUGUCGUGAGCAGCUAUUACGCCUAUGAUAAAACGGUCGUUUAUCCCAGUGUGGAAAACCUUCUACAGUGGCUAGUAGGUACUUCACAUGGAGUUUUCGAUCUACAGCUUGUCACCCAAGAAAGAAUUCAACAACUAUUCGAAAAGUUCGGAAACCCACCGUUCGACUUUACUGCCGAUAGCAGGGUGAGUAGACUUCUAGCUGUGAAGCCGAAAUCCCAAGCACAAUGAACACAAGCAGCCCAAGCCCACGCAGUCAAUCGUUUGCUAGAAAAUGCUGUUCAAGCUGGCUUCUUAAGAACUCGAUUUGGUUCUUUGUACAGUGGUCCGACUUGAGAUGGAAGUUAUAAUUUUCUAAUAAUCAUAUUACUUUAAUUUUAAUUGUACACCCCUGGAAUGAAAAUAUGUCAGUUGAUCUCCCUAAUCGAGUCCUAUUCUAUUGUUGACCAAAAUACACCAUGCAAAUUAUAUUUGGGCGGCUCAAUUUAACAAGUAGGUACAUUCUAGGAUAAUUUUAAAAGUUACUACCAUCUUAACUAACCAGCAAUACAGGAUUAUAUUCUAUUCGGAAUACAAUGAAGAUUUAAUUCUGCGUUGUGCUAACCCAGCCAGUUUUGUACGCAGCACAUCAAUUAGCUGAAA